CGAUGAACGGCUACCGCUUUUUGAUAAAGAACAGGUCAUUCUGUUGUUUUAAUUUCUUCACCAUCACCUUCCACUGACACACUCGAUCAAACAAAUGACAACAUGAACGGAAUGUCAUCAAUGAAUGGAAUGAGUGGAAUGAGCGGGAUGAGCGGAUCGGAUGGUAUGGACAGCAUGUCAAUGAAAUGCUCGAUGGACAUGUUGGGCAACUGGAAGACAAUUGGCGCAUGCUUCUUGACUUCAUCAUGGCAUAUCAGCACAGAAGCUCAAUUUGCUGGAACGUGUAUUGGUGUAUUUUUGAUCGUACUCUCAAUCGAAAUCGCAAGAAGAUUUGGAAGAGAAUGGGAUCGUUACAUUGCCAGAAAUGCAUACAAAAAUGCACAAUCUGCAAUCAGACAACGUGCGCAACAAGAAGCAUCUACUUCAGACUUUGCACAUGCUGUCCCAAUCGAUGACAACGAGCGUAAUGUGACAAGCUCAGGUACUACCCCAAACCAAAGCACGAAAGGAAAUGUUAAGAAAGCCUUACAUUCAUUCUUUGGCAAUUCUGCUCAAUCGAACAAACUAUUGGGAAAACCUCAAGUGCAACCAACCACAUUCCAACAAUGCAUUCGUAGCUUAUUGUAUGGCGUUCAAUUCGCUGGUGCAUAUAUCGUCAUGUUGAUUGCCAUGUCGUUCAAUGGAUACAUUUUAAUUUCCAUUGUACUAGGUGGAAUCGUUGGUCACUUUGUUUCCACUUGGGAUGUUUUCUAUAUGGAGGCAAUCGAACUCAACACGGAAUUCGAUGAUUCUCAACUCAUGGGUUCAGCCAGUACUCCAGCAUACCUCAAUGCGAUUCAUAAAACGGAUAAAUAUCAAGCAAACAGCGGUGCUUGCUGUAACUAAGCACCAAAACAAUAUAAUGUACAUCACUUCUCAUUGGAAAAAAUACCAUGUCAAUAAAAAUACAAUACAGAACAAAGCCGUACCCAUAACGAU